AUGGAAGGUAUCAUCAAUGGUGGAAAAGUUGGUGAAGAUGAAGAUAUAAGAGACAAUAAUAAUAUACAACACUGUAUCAAUCAUCCUUAUGGGAAAAACCCAGGUGGGAUCUGUGCUUUUUGUCUUCAAGAAAAGCUUGGGAAAUUGGUUUCUUCAUCUUCUCCUUUACCUAUUCAUGGCUCAUCAUCAUCAUCAUCAUCUCCUUCUCCUCCUCCUUUAAGAUCUGCCGCCGGUGGUGGUGGUGGUAAUGGCGGCGUUGUUGGUAGUGAUAAUGGUCAUUAUCGUCAUACAAGGAGGGCAGCAUUAGCAGAUGGUGGUGGUGGUUUGAAGAGGAGCAAGUCCACUUCGAUAAUGAGAUUGAGUACAUCAUCAUCAUUUGAAAGGAAGGUUUCAAGGUCCAGAUCCGUCGGCUGUGGAAGCCGGAGCUUUUCCGGUGAUUUUUUCGAAAGGAUCUCAACUGGUUUUGGUGAUUGUACUCUUAGAAGAGUAGAAUCACAAAGAGAAGGCAAAUCAAAACCUACUCAUCAUCAUGGCCAUGCUCCAUCAUCAUCAUCUGGAAUGAAAGAAAGGGUUAAAUGUGGCGGUAUAUUUAGUGGAUUCAUGAUCACGACAUCAUCAUCAUCAUCUUCUUCAUCAUCAUCAUCUUCAUACUGGGUUUCUUCUGCACCUAAUAAUGAAGAUCACAUCAAUGGCAGAAACAAUAAUAAGAGUUGGGGUUGGGCUUUUGCAAGUCCCAUUAGAGCUUUCACCACCAGUAAGCCUCCUCCUUCUGGUAAGAAACACAGUUCCAUUGUUAAAGAAUCAACAAACAACGAUAACACAACGACGACAACAACACCAAAUCUGUCUGCAAUUCCUUCAUUGUUAGCUGUUACAAGCUAA